CUGAGACAGUAGGAUGUUUGAGCUUUAGUCAUGGACUAAAUAAAUGUGGGCUCAAGGAAUGGCAUGGGAUGGAAUCUGAGGGGAAGUGGGUUGGUUUCUCAGUCUAACAUAAACUUUGUUUCCAGGGGGGAUGGCAUCCACAUCUGCCAGGAGUGGGGACAAAAAGGACACCUGGCCAAUUCAAGCUGCUGCCUCCUUAGGUGGAGGGCAGAAAGCCUCAUUAUCCCGCUCUGAAGAAUUCCUGACCCGAAUCAGCACAGAACUUACAGAUGAAGCACUGUUUACUGCUCGCUCUCAUAUGAAUCCUAUGCCCGACAAGGAAAAGCAGACAAAAGACCAAGGGACUCAGAUAUCUAGACAUGUGUUCUUCACCAAGACCCGAGGCACUGACACCCGCUCUGACAGAAAUCGAACUCGAACCAAGGCACACCUUCUGCCAUCUCCUCGUGAAAAGGGAGUACUCCCCACCAGCCUGACAACUGGAGGAUGAGCUCAGUCCUCCCUAGUUCUGCUCUCUCUCGGCCUCUUACCCUCCCCACCAUGCUCCUCAGUGAAAACCUCAAAGCCCCUCUUUUACAACUGACUAAGUCUCUCAUCUUGGGAAGAACUCCUGGUCAUAAGCAAAGCCACCUUUGAAACCAAG